UUCGCCAUAGCAGGUGUACGUAAACGCAUCUUUGCGGCAGCAUUCGUUCCGUAUUUGUUCACCUGAUUAAACGUCGUCGCAGGUAUAAUGUUAUUCAAUUACAAAUUAAGGUGGGAGAUUUCAAUAGUAGUGAAAGCCUAGAACUUCUUAUCAUUACACCUUCGGCUCAUGGUCACUUCACCGCAUUCAGUUUAGUAGUGUGCAAGUUUCGUGAAUGAGUGAAAUGGAGAAGUACUUCUUCAACAAAAUCGACAACAUCCAUCCCUUCGAGGAGAAGAAUUUUUCGGUGUUACUUUCGACGGAAGUUGAUAAAGUGAUUGCUGCACAAACCGAUCCAGAUUACGAACAAUUUUUGGCGGACGUUUGGGUUGGAAUUAUCCUUACGUUGAUCGUCCUCAGCUGCGUUUGCUGCAUGUGCUCCUGCCUGCUGUACCACAAAUUCCAGCAGUGGAAAAGGCACAUUUUACAAGCCCGCAACGCCAACGUCGAAAAUGGUAACGGUGAAUUGGAAUCGUUACCAAGCUACACCAUAGUUUCCGGUCUUCCAAGCUACGCCGAGGCGCUCGAGCAGCUCAAGAAAGUUAAGGAGCAGAGCGCCCCGAGGAUCGACGGCGCCGGCCCAUGGACGCCGCACACUCCGCCGACCCCAUCCCCAAUGUCCAGGCUAUCCGUAGCCGAACUGUUUCAAAUAUACAAGACUCCCAACUUGAAUUUGGCAGUCAAAAAUUAAAGAAUCGGAAACAAAUAACGAUGUGCCAAAGUUCUGCAAUGCAUCGGGCAUCAAACGAAGUACAAAGGUUUCAACAUGUGCCUAUUAGGUAAUUAAUUAAGGACAAAAUGGCUGUGCUAGGUAAUUCUUUUUCUAACGAGUAGCGGGUACGAAGAUAGAACUGAUCGAUUUAUUUGAGUUUGUGAUAAUUUAACUGCGUGUAUGACGCUGGUCGUUUAUAACUCCUUAGAUAUAAUGCAUUAAAAAAUGUUAAUAUUUAUUUUCAAAUAAAUGAAAGUUUUUUUUGUA